UCCUAACCCUUAAACACCAAAAAAAGAGUUUCAUAAUCAAACAUAAACCCCUCACAAAACCCCUGAUUUUCUUCGCACAAAAAUGCUCCUACACCGAAAACUAUGCCAAACCCGAGCUCACCAUCACCUUCGCUACUUCAGUCAAUCAGCAGCGGCUGUAAUCCACCCAUACGACCCAGAAACACAACUCACAUACCUUCCCGGGUUCCCCAGACCCGACCCAUGUGAAACAAUCACGGCAAUUUUACGUUCUGAAUCAGGAAAGUCCAUAUGUGCUAAAGAAAGAAAAGCUGGUAGAGUUCCUAGCAUUGUUUUUGAACAAAAAGAUGGACAACAUGGUGGUAAUAAAAGAUUGAAUUCUGUUCAAACUAAACAAAUCAAGAAACUUGUUGCUCAUCUGGGUACUUCCUUUUUUUUGUCUCGCCUUUUUGAUCUUCAAGUUAAGCCUGGUUUUGAUUCUACUGAGAUUAUUGAACAUGUUCGUGUUCUUCCUAGAAAGCUUCACAUGCAUGUUGCAACGGAGGCGAUACUCAAUGUUACCUUCAUUAGAGCUCCAUCUGAUGCCUUAUUGAAGGUUGAUGUUCCUCUUGUAUAUAGAGGAGAAGAUGUAUCACCCGGUCUAAGAAAAGGUGCUUAUCUGAAUAUCAUCAAAAAAACUGUCAGAUAUCUUUGCCCAACUGACAUAAUACCACCCUAUAUCGACGUAGAUUUAAGCGAUCUGGACGCGGGUGAGAAACUCAUAAUGGGGGAUAUUAAGGUUCAUCCCGGACUGAGAUUGAUUCAGUCAAAAGAUGAGCCAGUGGUUAAGAUCAUGGGAUCUAGAGUUUCCGAGCAAAAGAAAGCCAAGUAGUUUAGUAUUGAUUGAAAGAGUUCAGAUUACAAGAAAUACAAUGCCUUGAUAUGCAAUAUUUGGUAGAACCAUAACCUAUGAUCAAGGGAAUUUUGGGGCACCAUCCUGCCUUGUGAUAAUUCACACGUUUUCUAUUUCCUUUGUUCGGGUUCUGGAUUGCAAUAGAUUUGCCAUUUAGUAGAGUUUCCUUUAUUUUGUGGCUAUAGAUCAUGCAUUCAUGCUAUAGAUUUUGUUCCUUGGUUCAGAUUCCUUGCUUGAAGAUUGUCUUUCAAAUGUAAAAUUAAAAGUUCCUUUGUCCAGUGAAUUAUACACUCACUUAGUUCCUGUGAAAUUGCAUCACUUUCAAAUGGCAAAAAUUAAGAAAGUGGUAGUGGGAUUUAUAUUUUUUGGAUUAUAUUAAAAGGAAAAUAGAAUGAUUGAAUGAGAAUUAAAGAAAAUGUUAUAAAAAUUUCUAUAAAAGGAAAGGUUGCAAAGUUUAAGAAAUGGAUGAAUAUAUGUUUUCAAUGUAUUUUGGGUUGAUUCCGAUGUAAUAAAGAGAUGGUAAGAAUUAAGCUUCUACUAUAAAUGCAGACGAGAAAGCCUUCAACCAAUGUUAAACUAUGGGUCCUUAGAUCUUAACUCUAUCUCUUUCUUUGAUGUGUACUGAAAAUAAGGAAUAUCUAUUUGCUAUUAGCAACAACGAACAAAAGUUUGCUUGAGUUUUUGAUUAAAUUUUUUUUUGUUCUGUUACUAACAACAAACAUUUCACAAAAUCUUGUGAGAGACCAUUUUUAAUGUGGGCUGGCCCACUAUAUAUUUUUUAAAAUAUUAUAAAUAGGCAUUAAGAUUGAUGUAAAUAGACAUUUAAGACAUUAAAAGUAGACAUUAAGAAUACGGUGAGUAAGCAUUAAGCAUAAUACAAGUAAGCAUUAAGAAUGCGGUAAAUAGGUAUUAAUCUUUAAUGGGCUAGGCUUAAAAUACGUCUCUUAAAGAGACGGUCUCUCAAGAGACUAGCUGAGAAUAUAUAUCUAACCUGAAAAUUUGGAUAGAAGAAAUUUAUUUUAGGAAUUUAAAUUUUCUCAAACUGAGAUUUUUUUUUUAAUAUUUAUUCCAUAUAUUUUUAGUGUGAAAUUCUUUUCAAAAAAAUUUAUGAUACUUUUUUUCGGGAAAAUGAUACUGAUAUGGGCAAGGACCCAGGACCCAGGACCCAAGACCCAACCAAAUCCCUAGAUAGGUUCGCAUGUAGUGGACGGACCUUAUGUACCCUAAUUUAUCACAUGUCCAGCCUUAAAUGGCCACAUAGGUUUUUGCCAAAAUCCUUUUUUUUUCAAUAAAUUUUCUCAUUUAAUUACUGGAAAAGCUGAUUUUUUUAUAUUCUGUAAUUAUGUUGAGUUUGCUUUAUAUAAGGAUUGAAAAACAAACAAUAAAAAGUUUGUGGCAUAGAAUUUGCUCAUUGUUUAAAAAAAAAAAUUUACUUAUUUUAAAGAGUGCAUACUAAACCGAAUUUAUAUUAUAAAGAUGAAAGAGAAAGUUCUAAAUCACUAGACUAAUUUAUAAUUGUUAACAUAAAUUUACUUUUAUUAAGGUUACUUUUGUGGAAUAUUAUCCUAUUUUCUCUGUCCCACCAAUUUUGGCAAUUGAUGGGAUAUUAAGAAAAGUGUAAAAAAUGAUAUAUUUUAUAAGAAAGUGGGAGAAAUAUAUGAAUGAGAUGAUAUUUUGCAUUGUUCAACAUUAUAUAGUAUUUUAUAUAUUGCAGCUAUUACACGAGAUAAAUAUAGUCAUGUGAAUCUUGUUUAAUUCGUCUCGUCGCAUAUUUUCAUAUAGUUAAAUUUUGAUAAUUUUUCAUUAGGUAUAACUAUAAAUAUAAACAAUCCAAUUAUUACAUUGGACUAUACAAAAAAGUGUUUCAAUGCAAAUAAAAAAAAGAAUAAAGUAUUAUUAAAAAUAAAGGUAAAAAUUAACCAUCUCAAACAAAAUUGUACCCCAAAAGAAGUACUACUCCUAGAAAAUGUACUAUUAUGAGGUCCUACCCAAAGCAAUAUAUAGGCCCAAACAAAAGAAAUUUUUUAUAGCAGUAGUAAAAAAUUUGGACGAGCAGUACAAAUACUUUAGCUGUCUAAAGUGAAAUCAGAAAUGCAAAUUAAAAAAAAUUUAAAGGGGUUAAGCUAUCAAAGCGAAGUUAACCUCAAUAUGUUCACCCAUUAAGGUGUUCAAAAUAGAUUCGAAAAUUUAAUAUUUAUUUGAUAUUGAAAUUAAAUUUGACUUCGACUCAAUUUGAAAAUGAUUUAAAAUUAUGUAAAAAUUAAUAUGGACAUAAAAUUUAAAUUGAAUUCGCUUUGAAAUACAAAUUCAAAAUCGACCCAAUAAACCAACAAACACUUCAUCCCUGCUCUUUAUUUGCUCCUUUUACUGUACUAGUCUAAGUUGGUUUCUUUCUUUUCUUUUUCUUUGCUUUUAGUCUAAUCACCCACCAUUUUUGAAAAUUUUUUUUUAACAAGAUAAUAAGUUGAAUUUUUAUGAUAUAUUUCAAUAUUACUUGAGAUUUGAAGUUAUAAAGCUUUUUUUUAUCUUUUUCAUUCCUAUUAAAAAGCAAGUUUUCCUUAACUAAAUUUUAAUUUGGAUUCAAAAUGAGAAUGAUUGAUUAGUUUAAUUUAGUUGAACUCUAUUUAGUGACCAAUUAAGUUUUUGCCUAUCAUUUUUAUACUUAAAUUUUAAUAAUCAGUUUAAUUCGAUUCAAUUCAAUUGUUAGUAUUUUCAGAAAAUAUAUACUUGAACUGAACUAAAUAAAACUGAAUUAAAC